GAUGACCUGCUGCGGUGCGGGAUCUGCUUCGAUUACUUCAGCAUCGCCAUGAUCAUCCCGCAGUGCUCCCAUAACUAUUGUUCCCUUUGCAUACGCAAGUUUUUGUCCUACAAAACCCAAUGUCCAACAUGCUGUGUGGCAGUCUCGGAAUCUGACCUGAAAAACAACCGAACAUUAGAUGAACUAGUGAAGAGCUUCAGCUCUGCAAGACAACAGCUGUUCCAGUUGGUCUUGGAUACUCCCCUGAUUUCAUCUCCAUUGGCCAGUAGCAGGCGUUCAGCUGGCAAAAGCCAUGCUAGGAGUCCUGUUUCUUGGCCAGCUUUAAAAGAAGAGUUGCCAGUGAUCGACAGUUUCUUGAAAAAGGAAAAUGUCUGCUCCUCAACCAAGGCAGAAGGUCCGACAGGCACAGAUCAGAAGAGUUUCAGAACCAAGGAACACAAUAACCUUUCUAGCAGAUCCACAGAAACUGAUGGUAAAGACUUUGAAGUGGGAUCACAAGAGAGUUCCAAGAGCACCAGAAGUCAUGAAAAGCCUUCUACAUCAGUGCUAAAAGUAGUCAAGAAAGUGGAGUGUCCUGUUUGUGAGGUUGCUAUUCCAGAGCACCAUAUAAACAAACAUCUGGACAGCUGCUUGACAAGAGAAGACAAGAAGGACAGCCUCAGAAAUUCUGCCCACAAAAGGAAGCCUAUGUCUAAAGUUGUUUACAACUUGCUCUCUGAUCGUGAUUUGAAGAAGAAACUGAAGGAACAUGGUCUGUCUACCCAGGGGACCCGACAGCAGCUCAUUAAAAGACAUCAGGAGUUUGUGCACAUGUAUAAUGCUCAGUGUGAUGCUCUAAAUCCCAAAUCAGUUGCAGAGGUUGUUAAAGAGCUGGAAAGGAAUGAGAAGAUUCGGGUUCAGCUUGAAUGUAAUAAAAGCAGUGAAAAGAGCUUGACCUUCACAAAGGACCAGACAGAGGAAGAAAUAGACGAGAUCCACACUGAUUAUCGAAACAAACACAGAAAUGAAUUUCAGUUUUUGGUGGACCAAGUAAAGAAUCGAUGGAAGAAAAGUGGUAAGAGGAAAACAGAAAGUGCUCAAAACAAAGAAGUCACUGCCAAAGAAUUGCCAGCAGCCACAGAACAUUCAGAAGAGCAUCACCCUGCUGUUGUCCUUGGAAAUGCCCAGACACUCGGAGCAGAAACCCCUGAUGGCAAAAGCAGUGAAUCUCACUCCUUGGAGGAAGGCCCAAGGUCAGGCUCUCCUGCAUUCUCUCUGUCAUCUGGAUCAACAAGCAGCUCCAGUUCAGACAUUUUGAGAGAUCUGCAAGGGCCCGAGACCUGCUCAGAAUCCUCUGACAACAUCAGCCUCCUGGAGCAGAGAGUUAACACCAGAAAGUCCCUUCGGCCCCGAGUGCCAGAGAAGGAUCAGCUGCUUCCCAAGAGCAAGAGGAAGAGGAGCUAG